UAGGCUGUGCUCUAAUGACCCUAAACGACCAACUUCCAUGGGACCACUGUUUGAUAAACCUGUGGUCGAAAAUACGGUUGCGUUUGAGCGACAGUAUGAUUUUGAGAACAUCGCAGGUGAUAUAGAGGAAGAAAUAGUGGCAGAAAUUCAAACAACAUCUCCGAAAACCCCUCUCUUCACUGACGUCAGGUCACCUUUAAUAGAAGUAUGCCAUCGAUUACGAGUUAAUAUUCAUUGGGUCGACAGAAAGGAGCAAACCAUGUCACUGGCUUACCCUGUAGUCGUCUCAACAUUGCCGUUUAAAGAUGUCUCUGCUAGGGCGUUAGCAGAUUUGGCCCCUCCAACUAUUCUGUGGACUCGAGCGGCCGUCGGUUCAGAUGGGGAUGAGGUAGUCAUUGAGGAUGUGCGGCAUGAUAAUGAAUUACCGAGCUAUGGCAACUUGAUACCGACCUCAAGACCGUCGAUAAAUACAUCCUUUAAUACAUCCGCUAUAGCAUCGUCCGAUUCCUCAAAUGACGCCUCACCUCCUUCCACCCCGCAGUCUAUUUCAUCGGCAAACUCAAAUUUAUCAAUCACGCCUGGUAAUAACUCCUUGGAAGAUAACGUCGUCAGAGCCAUGCGCUCAGUCAGAAGUAUCAUGACGCAUGAUUCACAAGGCGUUGGACUCGCACUUGCCAAACUGUUUCCAUAGCUAUGUAAUAUUAUAGGUAUAUACUGAUGUACCAAUGUAGUUAUAAAGAUUUCAUUGUUUUCAACACAAAUUUUUUU